UCUUCUUUUUUUAAACUCAAAACCCUCUCUGAACCCUAUCUUUGGAUCCAAACCAUGGCUCUCUCCAAAGCUACCUUCUUCAUACACCUGAGAACCGUCGCCAACCAUCGCCGACCACCAUCUUUUGUAUGCCUCCGCCUGCUCUCCUUCUCCUCCCCGGAGGAAGCCGCCGCGGAACGCCGCCGCCGCAAGCGCCAACUCCGCAUCGAACCCCCUCUCUCCGCCCUGAACCGCACCCGGCAACAACCCAGACCCCAAUCCCAAUCCCCACCCUACCACCAGAACCCUAGCAACCCGAAACUCCCGGAACACGUGUCCGCCCUUACCGGUCACCGCCUCAACCUCCAUAACCGCAUCCUAACCCUCAUCCGCGAAAACGACCUCGACGAGGCCGCACUCUACACGCGCCACUCCAUCUACUCCAACUGCCGCCCCACCAUCUUCACGAUCAACGCCGUGCUCGCCGCUCUCCUCCGCCAGUCGAGGUACAACGACCUCCUCUCCCUCCACCGCUUCAUCACCCAAGCCGGCGUCGUUCCCAAUAUCAUCACUCACAACCUCGUCUUCCAGACCUACCUCGAUUGCCGCAAACCCGACACUGCUCUCGAGAACUACAAGCAGUUCCUCAACGAUGCCCCAAUGAACCCUUCACCCACAACCUAUCGCAUUCUCAUCAAGGGCUUGGUCGACAACAACAAGCUUGAGCGUGCCAUGGAUAUCAAGGAGGAAAUGGAUUCCAGAGGGUUCGCCCCUGACCCUCUUGUUUAUCACUAUUUGAUGUUGGGUCAUGCUAGGAACUCUGAUGCCGAUUGUGUUUUAAGCCUCUAUGAGGAUUUGAAAACCAAACUUGGAGGGGUUGUGGAUGAUGGGGUUGUGUUUGGGAGCUUGAUGAAGGGGUAUUUCCUUAAGGGAAUGGAGAAUGAGGCUAUGGAUUGUUAUGAGGAGGCUAUGAAUAAGAAGAAGAUGAGUGCCGUUGGUUUUAAUUCGGUGCUUGAUGCACUUAGCAAGAAUGGCAAGUUUGAUGAGGCAUUGAAGCUGUUUGAUAGAAUAAUAAGGGAGCAUAACCCUCCUACUAGGUUGGCUGUUAAUUUGGGAAGCUUUAAUGUGAUUGUGGAUGGGUAUUGUGCUCAAGGAAGGUUUGAUGAAGCAAUUCAAGUUUUUAGGAGCAUGGGUGAAUAUCGGUGCAGCCCCGAUGUGUUGUCGUUUAAUAAUUUGAUCGAGCACUUGUGUGAUAAUGGGAUGAUUGUGAAAGCUGAGGAGGUUUAUGGAGAAAUGGAGAGCAAGGGGGUGAACCCUGAUGAGUUUACAUAUGGCUUGUUGAUGGAUACUUGUUUCAAAGAGAAUAGGCCUGAUGAUGCAGCUGCGUAUUUUAAAAAAAUGGUGGAUUCAGGGUUGAGGCCUAACUUGGCUGUUUACAAUAGGCUGGUUGAUGGCUUGAUUAAAGUUGGGAAGAUCGAUGAGGCUAGGUCUUUCUUUGACCUUAUGGUGAAGAAGCUCAAGAUGGAUGUUGCUAGCUAUCAGUUCAUGAUGAAGGUGUUAAGUGAGGCUGGAAGGUUGGAUGAGGUGCUUCAGAUUGUUGAUACUUUGUUGGAUGAUAAUGGAGUUGAUUUUGAUGAGGAGUUCCAAGAGUUUGUUAAGGGGGAGUUGAGAAAAGAAGGAAGAGAAGAGGACUUGACCAAACUGAUGGAGGAGAAGGAAAGGCUGAGUGCUGAAGCUAAGGCUAAGGAGGCUGAGGCUGCGGAAGCUGCCAAAAGAAGUGCAAGAGCUGCAGUAGCUUCUUUACUUCCAUCCAAGUUGUUUGGGGAUAAGGAAACGGAUUCAGAAUCUAAACCAGCGGAGAGCACUGGUGCAACUAGUUCUGAGUCAGAUUUGGCAGAGAAAACAACUGAAGCUAAGGGUUUAGAUGAUGGAGAGGCUAAAAGUGAUGAGCAACUGAGCAGGUAACAGCUUGAAGUUGCAACUUCAUGGUGCUACAUAAGUAUAAUAACUUUAUGGUGCUUAUAUGAGGAAGUAGAAUGUUAGUGUCAAAAUAGUUUUGAAUCAUCACCAUAUGUUACCAACUUUUUGAAUCAUUCGACAUGUAAUUAAAUUUGCUGGAAAAGAUUAUGUGAUUUAUGAUUUGACCAUUUUACAGUAUCGUAUUAUUGGGGUAUUGGUCUAAACCACCUUGAAACUUCCCAUA